AGAGAGAGAAGAAAAGGCAGGAGAGAGAGAGAGAGAGAGAAGAAAAGGCAGGACCCCUGGCUGGUACUCUCUUAUAGGCACCGCAGUCGGCACAUAGGCACUUUGUUGUGUUCUGAAAAUUGGCUAGCUGCCGACGUGUAACAGCCUGAGUAGCAGAUCCUGGAAGUAUAAUCACCAUAUGACCAAAACCUCUUCCCUUUGCCUUUCAAAUAGAAGCAGAAAAUUUGCAACACCAGUUUUAUGCCUGUGAAAGAGCAACUAGAACACUGGAUGAAAAAAAAGAAAUAAAAAGGAAAAGAACAUGACUGCUUCUAGACUGGCUGAGCAAAAGGAUGAAUUUUACGGAGGCUUACUCAGAUACAUGCUCUGCAGUUGGACUUGCUACCAGAGAAGGAAAUGUUAAAAUUUUAAGGAAACUGCUCAAAAAAGGUCGAAGUGUGGAUGUUGCUGAUAACAGGGGAUGGAUGCCAAUUCAUGAAGCAGCUUAUCACAACUCUGUAGAGUGCUUGCAGAUGUUAAUUCACACAGAUUCAUCUGAAAAUUACAUUAAGGCAAAGACUUUUGAGGGCUUCUGUGCAUUACAUCUUGGUGUGAGUCAAGGACACUGGAAGAUCACACAGAUUCUUUUGGAAGCUGGAGCAGAUCCUAAUGCAACCACUUUAGAAGAAACCACACCGUUGUUUUUAGCUGUUGAAAGUGGACGGAUAGAUGUGGUGAAGCUACUGCUUCAAUAUGGAGCAAAUGUCAAUGGAUUCCAUUCUAUGUGUGGGUGGAAUUCCUUGCACCAAGCUUCUUUCCAGGGAAACGCUGAGACUAUACAGCUACUUCUUAAAAGAGGAGCAGACAAAGAAUGCCAGGAUGACUUUGGAAUCACACCUUUGUUUGUGGCUGCUCAGUAUGGGAAGCUAGAGAGCUUGAGUAUACUUAUUUCAUCUGGUGCAAAUGUCAAUUGCCAAGCCUUAGACAAAGCCACUCCCUUGUUUAUUGCUGCACAAGAAGGUCAUAUGGAAUGUGUGGAGCUUUUGCUGUCCAGUGGGGCAGAUCCAGAUCUUCACUGUAAUGAAGACAAUUGGCAAUUACCUAUUCAUGCUGCUGCACAAAUGGGCCAUACAAAGAUUUUGGACUUGUUAAUACCAGUUACUAACCGGGCUUGUGACACUGGACCAGACAAAGUGAGCCCUGUUUACUCGGCAGUGUUCGGAGGACGGGAAGAGUGCCUGGAAAUAUUACUGCAGAGUGGCUACAGCCCAGAUGCACAAAUGUGCUUGGUUUUUGGAUUCACUUCUCCUCUGUGCAUGGCUUUACAAAAGGACUGUGAGUUCCUUGGAAUUGUGAAUAUUCUUUUGAAAUAUGGAGCCCAGUUAAAUGAACUUCAUUUGGCCUACUGCCUCAAGUAUGAGAAAUUUUCAAUGUUUUGCUCCUUUUUGAAGAAAGGUUGCCUGUUAGCUUCAUGGAAUCAUACAUCUGAGUUUGUAAGUUAUGCAGUUAAAGCACAGAAAAACUAUAAAGCGUGGUUGCCGCAUCUCCUGCUCGCUGGAUUUGACCCAUUGAUUCUGCUGUGCAGCAGCUCUUGGGUUGACUCAGUCAGCGAUGACACUCUUAUCUUUACUUUGGAAUUUUCUAAUUGGAAGAGACUUCCAUCAGCUGUUGAGAAGAUGCUCUCUGCUCGUGCAAACUCCUCUUGGGCUCUUCAGCAACAUUUGGCCUCUGUUCCAAGCCUAAGCCAUCUUUGUCGUUUGGAAAUUCGGGCCAGUCUGAAAGCAGAACACCUUCAUUCUGACGUUUUCAUCUGUCAGUUGCCACUUCCCAGAACUCUGCAGAGCUAUUUACUUUAUGAAGAGGUUUUGAAGACGAAUGAGAUUCCAGAACCAGCAGCUAUUCGUGAUGGAGAAAGCAGCAGGGCCACCUGACACAGCUCUUUUAAUUCUGUUUAGUCAAAAAGGUGGCUUGUGUGGUUCUUUGGAUUUGGGGAUAAUAGGAAAUGAAAAUGUUUUCAUCUGGGCUUCACAGUUCUCCUCCCCAGUAUUUCGAACCUUACCUCAUCCUGCCUUACUUUUUUUAUAUCUCCAAUGCACAUUGUGUGUAAUAUACGUUUACCUGACCAUUGUCUGCUUUAUUCUGCUAAUGAACUGUGAUUGCUGCUAUGGUGCUGGAGGUGGCCUCUUUAACUUGGGAUUCAUGUUCACCUGUGCUGGAAGCCAAGGAUGGAACCCAUAAACUUUCCACUAAGAAUAUAUAACAACUGUGCUUUUGAAUCAUUUACUGUAGUCAUUUUGUUUAGUAUGAAAAUCUUCAGUGUUUAUAAAAAGAAAUUUUCCUGCAUUGUCCUAAUCUGUCCUCAUUUCUUAACUUGGACAUAUUUUUUCUUUGUUUGUUUGUUUUGCUUUUUGAAACAGGGUUUCUCGGUGUAGCCUUGGCUGUCCUGCACUUGCUUUGUAGACUGGUCUACAAACUCAGAAAUCUGCCUGCUCUACUUCCCCGAGUGUUGGAAUUACAGUCGAGCUCGGUGGCCCCGUGAUUCGUGGCUAACUCAGACAUUUUUAUGAGGUGUUGAUAGUCUUGCAUUUUCACAUGUAAAUUCAGGGGGAUUCUUCUUUUAAAGAGCAUAGAAAGUCAUAUUGCUGGUCUCCCACCCCCAGUUCCUUUCUGUACACUCUUUAUUGCAAAAAUAUACCCCAUUUGUAGUCUGCAAAGACAGGAACAUACUCAGAGGCAUACACAAUAUAAAAAAUGAUCAGUUUUAGAAGUGUUUUACUGCACUUAGAAUAUUAAUAAGGAAACUGCUGUCCAGGCUCUACUUCUUUGCUGUUAUGGAGUGAUCAGCCCGUGACCGAAAAUGAUGGAUCCUAGAGCAAAAGCGAGGGCUGGAAGAGCCAGGGGUGAAAGAGACCUCAGGUGGUGGUGAGCUCAGCUAGAGUAGACUCUCAGCAGGCAGAUUUCAGUGAGGCAGGUUUUUUAAAUGGGGAAACAAAAGAUACUUAAACCUUUGGGUGGUGGGUAGGAGCUUUCAGGGCAAGUGUAUAUUAUUGGCUUGGGCCAUGGUGCUGGGAUGUGUCAUUUGCAUAAGAAGCAUUGGAGGUGCUGCUGGACAUGACCUUAGAAGAGAAGAGGACGUUUAACCUGGCUACCAGGCUGUGUUAUUAUCUAGAGUGGGGCAAAAGUGGGAUCACAGGCCUACUUGGGCUGGGACAUGCAGUCCUGGGGGCAGGGGAGGAGGGCAUCCUACUCCUGCUGAUCUCAGCGUGAGAUUUCCAGCAUUUGGACAUGCCUCAACCUCACUCUUGCUCUGGUCUGGCUCCUCCUGUUCCACGGCUCCCAACCCCACAGGAAACCUGAAUGGGACAUUCAUAGAGCACCAUGUGUAGAGAAAGAAAGGUACACAUUUCAGUUAUUAGUGCUAAAUAUGACAGCCUUUAUUCAGCUCCAGAAUAAGAGGGCAGCUUUGUUCCUAUGAAUCAGUAAUGGUUAAUUAUAUUCUAUUUUUUCUGGAUGUAUUUUCAGACCAUUGAUGAAGUAAGAACCUUAGCAUCCUGCCUUUCUUCCCCUUGUAAGUUUUUUGUUGUUAUUUUUUAAUACUCUCUUUCUUCCCCUUGUAAGUUUUUACAACUGUUUUUUCUAAAGCUCGAGUCAAGAAAAAUCAAACAUGGUCAAGUCAGUUGUUUGAGGAACUGGAAGCUAGCCUUAAGAGGAAGGUACCAGGGUGAUUCUGUCCUAUGACAGGCAGCACAGGCUGGUUUCCACAGGAAGCAGGUCUUCAUCUCCUGCCAGCAACCGAUAGCUGGGCGGAUCAGCUGGGCCCAUCUGAUAGGCCCUUCAAAGAAGCAUGCUGAAGGUGAACUUCAUGGAAUUGAUUGGAAAGACAAGCUCAUUCUUCACAUUCAAGUCUAGCUUGUUGAGGGUGUAUUGAAAAUCAGGCAGAAUCUGAUCAGUUUAAUAAAGGUAUUCUAAAAUUGUA